AUGUUUAAGAUGGUUGCGGAGGAGGAACCCCAAAAGACAUACCCGACAAUUGCUGAGGUAGUGGAUGAGAUAAAAAGAAUGGGGGACAUAGGAGUUCCAAUAGCAGCCAUGAGCCUCGUGGGAUACAUCAAAAACAUGGUCUCAGUUGUGUGCAUGGGAAGGUUGGGAAGCCUUGAGUUAGCUGGUGGUGCUUUGGCCAUAGGCUUCACCAACAUAACCGGCUUCUCUGUCCUCUCAGGUUUAGCCAUGGGAAUGGAACCACUUUGCACACAAGCCUUUGGUUCAAGAAACUUCUCUUUGGUCUCUCUCACUUUACAAAGGACGAUUUUCAUGUUAUUGGCAGCUUCACUACCCAUUUGCCUCUUAUGGCUGAAGCUUGAGCCUCUGAUGCUAUGGCUUCACCAAAACCCUGAGAUAACCCAAGUGGCAAGCAUCUAUUGCCGCUUCUCCAUCCCAGACCUCAUCGUCAAUAGCUUCCUUCACCCAAUUCGCAUCUAUUUACGUAGCAAAGGGACAACUUGGCCUCUGUUGUGGUGCACUUUACUUUCCAUUCUCAUACACAUCCCUGUCGUAACUUUUUUGACCUUCAAACUCCAUCUUGGUGUACCUGGGAUUGCUAUGUCAGCUUUUGUUGCCAACUUCAACACCCUUUUCUUCCUCCUAUCAUACAUGCUCUACAUGCGCGUCUCAAAGGGGUCACUUUCCAUGCCUUUAUUAAUAUCCCGCCCCUUGUCAACACGACAACAAGACCAAUACUUAAACAGUGCUAUUAGUGCGACAAUAGCAACAACAACAACAACAACCUCACUGGGAAAAGAGUGGGGCAUGCUAAUAAGGUUCUCCAUCCAGAGUUGUUUAGGAGUGUGCUUGGAGUGGUGGUGGUACGAGUUCAUGACAAUUCUAGCUGGUUACCUUUACAACCCGCGUGUUGCUUUAGCUACUGCUGGCAUAGUGAUUCAAACCACGUCUCUUAUGUACACUUUACCAACAGCACUGAGUGCUUCAGUGUCAACAAGAGUGGGGAAUGAACUCGGGGCGGGUCAACCCGAAAGGGCAAGGUUGUCAACUAUUGUGGCCAUCGGAAUGGCACUUGCAAGUUCAAUAUUGGGGUUGCUAUGGACCACGUUAGGGAGAGAGAGAUGGGGGAGGGUUUUCACUAGUGAUAGUGAGGUUUUAAAACUUACCGUGAGUGUGUUACCCAUAAUUGGGGUUUGUGAGUUAGCAAACUGUCCCCAAACCACAAGCUGUGGAAUCCUUAGGGGAAGUGCUAGGCCUGGUGUUGGGGCAGGGAUAAAUUUCUACUCAUUUUACUUGGUGGGGGCACCAGUGGCUAUUCUGAUGGCAUUUGUUUGGAGACUAGGGUUGGUGGGUCUUUGCUAUGGGCUGUUGGCAGCACAGAUAGCAUGUGUGGUCUCUAUUCUAGUCGUGAUAUACAACACAGAUUGGGAAAGGGAGUCGUUGAAGGCAAAAAGCUUGGUGGGAAAGACUUCAUGUGACACAAUGGAACAUGGAGACCAAACAUUAGUCAAAUGUGAAGAAGGUGUUGUCUUUCUCGAUGAGAAGAACAGCUCCCAAAAGUGA